AUGCUGGUGCGAAGCUGCUGGCUGGCCGCGAUUGCUGGUGCAGCGAGCGCGGAGGACCUCGAAUUCUCGGAGGUGCUCCAGGAGGUUGCGAAGCGGCCGCCGGCCCUGGCUAAUGUUCGACGAGCUGCCAGAAGACACGAUGCAGUGCAAGAGCAGUGCGACCUGCUGCGGGUUCGGGCGGAGCGCUUCCGCUCCUGGGCUGAGGUGGCUGCAUCCUUCAAGCGCCAUGAAAGGCCUGUGAUCAUCAGUGGCCUCUCCAGCCUACCAGUGCUAAAUCUAGAAGAGCACGGUGACGAGGACUAUCCCAUCAACAACGGUCAAUUUGGACCCGGGAAGGCUCAGCGCAGCAUCCCCCUUGAGCGAUACUUGCGAGGGAAUGCCUCGAGUUUCCACAUCUUCGCCAUUAACAGGCCGCAGCACGGGCUGCGCCUGGAACCGUUCUUGCUCGAUGAGGCCCGCGCUCGUGCUGCGGCAGCGGUGGGCGAGGGGCUGGCCGAUCUCGCCGCACGCUGGGUUUUCUCGCUGGGAUCGCAGGCUUCCAGCGUGAACCGGCAUUCGCAUGAAGAGUCCUGGCUGAUCCUGUUCCGUGGUCGGAAAGCCUGGUGGAUCGGCUCGGGCACGGACAGCUUCCGCGGAUGGGAGGAUCCGUGCGGUGCGCUGGGCACAGCACCACCUCCGGGCAUUCAAUUCUGUGUGCAGCGGCCUGGUGAGGUCGUGUACAUCGGUACGCACGUAGAUCACGCGACUUGCAACAUGGACCCCUUGGUCCUAGGCGUUGGCGGCCAAGGCUCCCGGGCUGAUUGGCCUCCGGUCGUCAAAGCUGUGCAAGAAGGCGAUGUCGAAGCCCUUCAAAAGCUACUUCCUGUCGGUGAUCUUCGGGUAGCUCUUCGCGCACGUACGGCGCGAGGGCUCCACGUGGCGGCUGCCUUCGGCCGUGACAGCUCUGUUGCGGAGCUCUUGGCGAGGCGAGCAAAUAUCAAGCACCCAGAUGCAGCAGGGCUCACGGCGCUCCACGCUGCCUCGGAUGCCGGGCACCUCGCUGCGGCCAGGCGGCUGCUCCUUAGCCGAGCUGAUGCUCUUGCGCGCGACCGGCAGGGCAAGCAGCCCCUCCACAAAGCUGCAGCUGCGGGUCAUGUCGCACUGGUCUCCCUGCUUCUGUCUCAUGGCAACGUCACAGCUUCCUCCAGGUCGCAGGAGCAGGCUCUACACGUUGGGGCGGGACACUGCAGGGUGGUGCAGCUGCUCCUCCAUGCACGGGCGGAUUCGUCCGCCAGGGACAGGGAAGGCGUGCAGCCGCUGCAUUGGGCCGCGGCCUCCGGCAGCCUCUGCGCUCUCGAGCGGCUUCUGAAAUUCGGGGCAUCUCUGGAUUCGGCAGAUACUGUUCAUGGCGGCCAAGCCGUGCAUUGGGCAGCAGCCAAUGGCCACCGGAAGCUCCUGUCGCGGCUCCUGGAGCUUCGGGCCACGCCUUGGGACCACGAUGCGCAGGGAAGCAGGCCCUUCCACUGGGCUGCAGCCAAUGGGCAGACUGCUGCUUUGGCCCGCGGCGAGGCGGUGGAAGAGCUCGCUGCGGCGAAGGGCGUGACGGUUCCGGCGCAGAGGAGGGAUCGGCCAAAGCAGCCCGAAGCGACGGAGGCGACAGAGGCGUUGGAGCUUCUGCAGGGAAAGGCCUCCGAGCCAAGCCCUGACCCUGGAUUCGACAAGUCACCCAAAAGAGCCCUUGAGACGGCCGCCGCGCAGGCGGCUCCCACCACUGCCACGGUGAGGGAGGUGAAGCCGGCCGAGGCUGCAGAGGACAAGGCCCAGAGCGACGACGCCGAGGACGACGACAUCGUCCCGGGGCUCUAUGCUGACGGUUCAUGGGCGGCGGCACGAGGAUUCGGCCGAGGUCGUCCAAUGGGAAGGCUUUUCGAGGGGCCCUCUUUCGGCCUUCAUGGCCGUGGCAUGGGCCGAGGGCGGGCGCUUGCCCCCCCACCGGGUCUGCAGGGCCUGCAGCUCUCUGGAAGCCAGCGUAUGCCGGCCACAUUGUCCAGACCGUGGAUGGCCGGCCCUCCAAUCCCCGAGGACGAGGAUAUCAGCACGCCGCAAGCGACCCUUCUGGACUCGCAGGCAAGAACUUGGCCUGUGCCUCCACUGGAGCUCCCUCUCAGCCAUAGGCGCGCCUGGGCAGACAUGGACAGCGGUUCCGACAUGAGUGUCUCUGAGCGCCGCGCCAGCUUCAAGGACGGCUACUGGUCCCAGGGCCAGGCCAGCUACGUGCCAACUCCGGUACAGAGAUGGUCGAAGACCCCUUCGCCUCCCUGCUCGCCAGCUCCGGGUCUGGCGCUGGGCGGCGGGAGCUUCGCCCUUCCAGAUGCGGCGUGCGGUCCCAGCGCCGUCGCUUUAGCAGCAACAUCCGCGGCUUCUGCGAUGUCUGCAUCCAUGUCGCUUGCUGCCAACAAGGACUUCGUCAUCCCCGUGUACGUCACAGUUCCUAUUGCAGUGGCCAAGUGCUGCCCGCACUGCGGGAAGCACUUCGCGGAGAUGCCGGGUCCGGAGGUGGCGGACGACACUUGA